CCGGUACACCUGUGUGCAAAAUCAGCUUGAGUAGGCCUAUACUUUGGCAGGCAGAGUCUAACAUAUCCAUUGUCUCAUUGCUCCCGUGCUUUCUGCUUCGGCAUACAAUUUAGCCUUUGUGACCAAAAAAGCGAUUUGAGAGUAUUUCUAUCAAAACUGAAAUAGUUUUCUUUACACAAUGCAUGAGGAUUUUGGUUUUUUGUUUCUUUCUUUUUUUACGACACACGAUUUUCUGUGAAAAGGAAGCAGUAAAAGCCUAACACUGACCUUUUUUGUACAGCACUACAGCACCAUAACAGCUGAACAUGGCCGUUAACCGUGUACUUCAAGUCCUGUUUUUUCUUCAAUCGGUGGCUUUACUCGGGCUCAUCAUGCAUUGGUCCCGUAAUUGCGAUUCAUGUGUAAUUCUGAAGACUGCAAUGAUAAACCAAGCUACGGGCAAUAUGUAUAGCAAAGCAACCAGCGUCCCGUUUGCAAGUACUGAGCGUGGACAAUUAUCGAAUUGCACACUUAAUGACAUCCUACAGCGACCCGGUGUGGUAAUGUUGACAAUAACCAACCUGGGCUUCCUAGACAUGACCAUGAACAUGUUGGCGAGUGUCCGUAGGGUGGGCAUCUGUGUCAAUACAACUAUCAUCGCUGAGGAUGAGAAAGUAUACAAAUAUCUGCACAAAAAAGCUAAAGGGGACCCAGCAGUGCAUGUGGCUAUGACCAACUCUGGUCUCAUGCAACCUGGCGAAGUGAAGCGCAAAAAUGCCCGAACCUAUUUUGACCUUCUGAAGAAACGCCAGGGGUAUUUUUUGAGUCUGUUGGAACAAGGCUUUGAGGUUCUUUUCACGGAUUCUGACACCUUUUGGUUCCGAGAUCCAUUUCCGUACUUCCAGGGAGACUUCGAUAUGUCUAUGAUGGACACGAACUCACCUUAUCCGACUCGCACAUCAAGAGCACAACACUGCUCCGGUUUUAUUUACAUGAAGCCAACCGACGUGACACUCCUGUUUGUUAAAGAGUGGAUUCGGUCCCUGAAAGGGAAGCAUAUCAUGGAUCAGAUCGUGAUGAACAAACUCUUGCAAGCUGAUCAACCGGUGCACGUCAACAUCAAGCCACUCGACAUUAAACUAUUCCCACCAGGGCCUACGUUUUACGAGUUCUUAGCGAAGAACGCCAGCUACUCUGCUGUUGUGAUGCACGCCGCCACUAUCCAUGGACACGAUGAAAAAGUGCAAAAAUUCAAAAGCUCCAAUAUGUGGUUGGUCAAUGCAAGCAGUGACGAGUUGGUUGCCCGUGAGCAGUCAUUGUAUGUAGGCCCUUACACCAGUAACUAACAUUUUGUGUUUUUCAUGGGUUUUUUUUGGUUUUGGUUGGGUUUUUUUUGGUGCAAACCCUAAACUACUGAGAAAAAGUAGAGUUUGAAUGGCAUCAAUCGGGACGGUACCACCAGCUGGUCUUUGCCCUGAUAUUGGAUCAGUUUCAUUUGACAAUUCCUAUAUGUUGUCUUUAGGUGCGGGAUAGUCCAAUGCCUUUACAAUAAGCCAGAUGAAUGUUUCACUCCCGCAUGCGCAUUCU